CUCGCCCUCUCCCACUCCUUGUUCGCCUUCGCGCAGCCGCCGCCGCCGCCGCCUUCACGGUCUCGCCUGCUCGCCGCCGUCCACCGCCCCAACCGUGCCGCGCUCGCCGUCGUCCCUUCAAGGCUCCGCCGGCCCGACGGGCAGCUCCGUCGCCGCCGAUUACUCGUCGCUUUUCAGUAAUUGUUGCUGAUGGAACACGCAUCCUUUGGAGAUCAACGGAAUGCCACAUUUUCUCUUACUGAGGAGGAUCAUACGCUUGCAAAUGCCCUCAGAUUUACCUUGAAUCAAGAUCCGCGGGUAAUAUUUUGUGGUUAUAGCAUUCCUCAUCCUUCGGAAGCGCGGGUUAAUGUUAGAGUUCAAACGACAGAUGAUCCAGCAAGAGAGGUAUUGAAAGACGCAUGCCAAGAUCUGAUGCUGAUGUGUCAACACAUAAGGGGCACAUUCGAUAAAGCUGUCAACGAUUUUAGAACGAAAAAUCCUCCUGAUAAUCAUCCUUCUGAGGACAUGGACUCGGAUUGAAGGUGAAAUUAUUGUAGCAGAUUUCAAUAUAUUAGGCCUCCUCAAUCUACGGUCACGCGACCUUUUUGAAGAAUGGCCUCUAUCAAGUUCUUGUCUGCAGAAGAAUGUUGCACUGAUAUUUUUAAGUAAACUGUUUGUGAGUAUUUGGGAAGCCAUUGAGCAUCAUUAUAUUGAUCAGCUAUGAAGAUCUACUCAGUGUCAAUGGCAGAAUUAAAGAUGAGGUUAUCGA